ACCAAACGAGGUCGCGCACUCCCACUCACCCUUAAAAUUCACGGUGGCUCACUACAGACCAUGGCUGCCGAAAUUGCCCUGCACGACAUGCAAGCAGCGAUUCAAGACAACCCCAUGCUGGCCCACAAGCGUAAUGCGGCCAUGAUGGAGGAAGGCAGAUACGAGGAUCCCAGCAUUGCGAGUUUGUCAUCUUUUGAUAAGAACGCAUGGUAUUAUCCUUCUCAUGGCUACGAGGAUACCGACAUACGCUUCGCAUCUGCGCGGGGCAACUGGGGGCGCAAGAUGGUGCAUGACGCCAGAUGGAUACGUCGAGGCAAGAUGGCUCCGUGGGCAACAGGCGUAGAGGACUGGGAGGAGGAGGAGCGGGCAAGGAAACGGAUUAAACUCUUGUUGCCACCCCGCGAACGCUCGCCCUCACCGUCCAUAGUCUUGCCCCACCUGCGUUCACCCUCGCCGCCACUCGCAGCCCCAUAUCCUACUCCGGCCGCUCAGCAUCUUUCCUAUACGUCCUUUGUAAUGGACAAGGCCGUGACGAGCUCGUUCCGGUCACGGCUCCUCGAUGAACUGGAGAGUGCAACCAAUAGUCUCAUCGAAGGCGAAGCAGCAGUGCGGCGCGCUCUUGGUCAGCUUUGGCAGGCGAUGAGCGAAGAUCCCGACCAAAUGCCUGGCGGCACGCCUGUGAUCCCCAAACGCGAGGACGAAGGCGACGGCGACGACGAGAAGGAGCGCAGACUGGCGCGAGCACCAGACCUGACGCCUGUGGUUCACAAACUCUUCCUGUCAGCGACGUCGGGCCGGGUGACACCGUCAUACGACGGUGUCACGUACACUCACCCGGAUAUCCAGCUGGAUAGUCUGGAAAAGUCGAUGGCGACCUUGCGGGAGUUGCAGGAUGAUGGGCGGGAGUACGUGGAGCGCUUGGAAGAGAUCAGGGAUGGCUUAGGUGAUGUGCGGAUACAGAGGAACGGGGUGUGGGAUGUGGUUCGCAAGAAAGCCAUCGCAGAGCUGCAAGACGCCGCGGCGAACUCCGCUGCCGCGCUAUAGUUCGCGACAUUACUUCAACGAUCACUUUGAGCGGUGCUUGUACUCGCAGAAAUGGACUUGUUGGGUUAGCUCGUGACAGCAGCUCAUCAAAACAUUCGACGCGUACGAGAUGGUUGUGUCAGAGAGGUAUCGAGUGCUGGUGUGCUGCGAGAAUGUCCAAGUGGCAGAAUCCGCACUACGUCACCGCACCGGCGCUCAAGCGAUCUCAGAGAUGGGCGCUAAGGCGAUCAAAGACCC